GUUGGUUUGAGAUUCAAAGAAGAACAAACCGACCAAUUACACCAGACCUGCAACUUCAGAAGCUUUCCUCGAAAACAAAAACAUACAUGAACGUUUUCUCCAAUGAAUCCCUGUUAACGUUAAAUUAGUCCGCUUACAUUUAGGAGCAGUCGCGUUUUUAAAGUAGUUUUUGCAUUAGCAGUACUUCUGGGAGAAGUACCGCUAAUGUUAGCAGGCACACACGGGCUAGCAGUGAUCGUUUGUAGACGUUAGCUUGGACGGUUCGGGUGUAUUUUCUGAGGCUGUUCGUGUGUAAAGACUUCUUUACGUGAAAUUAUGGGGCUUUGUUACUGAAAGAUUGUAGGUGUAGCAGCAGAAAAUGGAGGUGUCUGUUAAAGGAAAGGCCAAGAGGAGGCACCUGAAUGCAGAAGACUGUGAUGGACUGGGACAAAGAGCAGUCCUCACCCGGCCUCACACCUUUAACCAGAGGAUGGGCAACCGUGAUCCGAACCGGGGGCUUUACCCCAGGACACCCACUAAGCGGCCAAAGUUUGCACCUGCCACAGGAAGUCCUUCUGGGAGACAGAAGGGUAUCAAUGAAUUUUUUUCUGUGGCGAGAGUCCUCAGCUCCAGUCCGCACAAAUCCUCCCUGCCUUCCACCUCCAAGGAAGAGCCAAGAGCUGCAGAAGAAGAGGAGGAUGAGGAUGACGAUAUCAGCCUGUUGGCUGUACCUUUGGCACCACAGCUCAGGAUAACAGAGGAGGAGGAUAUCGAUGACAGUCUUUUAGCUGCUGUGAUGAUGCCAGAGCCUGAGGCAGGCGAGGAGGAGGAGAUUGACGAUGCCAGCCUGUUGGCUGUUGAGAUGAUGCCGCAGUCUAAGGUGAAGGAAGAGCAGCAGGUGGAUUAUCUGGAGGGAAUGACGGCUGAGAUGUUUGGGAAUGAUGAUGAAUUUGACCAGUGUGACAUUGAUAAUGAAGAAGAGGAGGUGGAGGCCCUUCCCGAUGCCCACUUUGGGCUCCUGGGCAGCAGAAGCGGCUUGCUGAAACCCCAGGGCUGCAUGGACGACCUUCCAGAGGAGGUGCUGAGAGAGGUGCUGUGCCUCCUACCUGCCCAGGACCUGUACCUCAAUGUCAGGCUCGUUUGCCAUCGCUGGAGGAACAUCGUCCAGGACAGCACGUUUGUGCCUUUCAAGAAACAAUACUAUCGCUACAUGAUGAGAGAGAGGCAUACAGAGAUGGAGAUCUGCUCCAUCCUGAGGAACAGCGGUAUAACAGGGCCAGCAUCUUCAGAGCACAGCAUACGAAAGCUAGUUGUUUUAAUGGCUCAGCAUAAGGUUGGAGAGCGCUUGAGGCCAGAUGACGUUCUGGAGCGUGUAAAGAAACAUCGCCUUUUCCCUCAAGCUGAGGCCUCCAUCAGACUGCGUAUUUCUGAUGUUCAGAAGCACUUUAACCUUGGAAUUACUGGUCCUAACCCGUAUGCAGCCAUGGCUGUCAUACUGAUCCUGAGUGAGGGUGUUGGUGAUGUGCAGGCCUUAGUGUCUCUGCUCACGGGCUGCAUGUCACACUCGGCCAUCACAGAGUACCUCUGCCACAUGGCCAUGAUGCUGCUCGCUUUAGAAAGGAACAAAGUCACUGUCAGUAACAGGUUGCAUUACAACAUUUACUAUGUCCUCCACCUGAUGGAGAAUGGCCCGUUCCCUGUCAGCUCUCCACAGAGCAGGCGGCCCCAGAUCCACCUCACGCAAGAACAGCAGCAGAUCCUCAGCCACAAUAUCCAGGAUGACCACGUGGUUAAGAUAAUAGCAUUUGCAGGUACUGGGAAGACUACCACACUAGUGAAGUACGCUGAGCAGCGGCCGGACCUUCGCUUCCUUUAUGUGGCCUUCAACAAUUCUGUGGCUUCGGAGGCACGCCGCCGCUUCCCCAGGAACGUGGACUGCAAGACCGUCCACUCGUUGGCCUAUAAUGACGUAGGGAAGAGAUACAAAUUCCGUGACAAGCUGACCUUUAACAUGAAGGCUUUCGCCAUCAGUUCUGUUCUGCCCAAAGGCCGCGGUGGCUUCACCAAGGCCAAAGUGGUUAUGACAACCCUCAAUGCCUUUAUGGCUUCUACAGAUGAAACCAUCACUAUAAGACAUGUUCCCAACUCUCGUGUGACUAAAAACAACUUCCGCAAGGAUAUAGAUCAUGAUGAAAAACUGUUGGUCGUCCGUGAUGCACAGAGAAUCUGGAAAAAAAUGAAGGAUUUGAAUGAGAAGUCAAAAGAUGCCUAUUACAUGACCCACGAUGGUUACCUAAAGUUAUGGCAGCUCCAAGACCCAAAGCCUUGCUUGUCGGGUGCAUACAAUGCUCUUUUCAUUGAUGAAGCCCAGGACUGCACUCCCGCCAUCAUGGAUGUGCUGCUGUCUCAGAGCUGUGGGAAAAUCCUGGUUGGCGAUCCUCAUCAGCAGAUCUACACCUUCAGAGGAGCUGUUAAUGCCUUGAAUGUUGUUGAACACACCCACAUCUAUUACCUCACCCAGAGCUUUCGAUUUGGUGCUGAGAUCGCCUAUGUGGGUGCCACCAUCCUCAAAGUUUGCAAGGGAGUUAAGAAAAUUCUUGUUGGAGGAAACCAGAAGGGCGGGGUGUGUGACAAUGCUGCAGACAGAGUCGUUGAGGCUGUGGGGGCAGGUGCAUGCCAAAGCCGAGGGAAGACAGCCAUCUUAUCUAGGUGCAAUUUCGGCGUGUUUAGUGAAGCCGUUCGACUUACAGAUGCAAAUCCCAGCUGCAGGCUCCACUUCAUCGGCGAUAUAAAGAACAUCGGGCUAGACCGUAUCAUGGAUGUAUGGCACCUGCUGCAGCAAACAGGGCAGCAGCUCCAAGAAGGAGAACGAAGACGUCACUCCAUCGUGGAAAAGUAUCGGAAACGAAUCCCCGAGCUGGUGUCAAGACUGAAGGCCUGUUCUGAAAACGACUUAUGCAAUGCAGACUUCAUAGUUGGAACUGUCCAUAAGUCUAAAGGUCUGGAGUUUGACACCGUGAUGGUCACUGAUGACUUUGUCAAGGUUCCCUGUUCUAAGCACAACCUGCGCCACAGUCCUGAAUUCUCAUUUGCUAAAAUUCCUGACGAUGAGUGGAACCUGCUGUACGUGGCUGUCACUCGUGCCAAAACGACUCUCAUCAUCACAGAAAACAUCCGCCGCAUCAUCACAAUGGCUGGGGAGUACUUUUUUAGGUCAGAGAUGCCCAGUUCCCUACUGAAGAGCGACCAGCCUCUCCCAUGCUCCAUCGCAAACUGUCCCAACUGCAUCACCCCAGGCUCAGCCUUCAUCAUGUGCCGACAGCAGAUGCGAUGUACCGAUGGGUUGUCUCAAGGCGGGCCGCUGUGUGAGAAGUGUGUGUGGACCCGCGUCGGGCCCAUCGCCUUCCUCAUGACCGAAGACGUGCUCUCAAUGGCCGAAAUCCCACAAAGACUCGACCUGCCGGUCCAUCAUGCAUUUUUCCUGGAGCUUUUUUUCUAACUGCUCAUCUUUAAGGAGCUACAGUGAUACGGUCCGGUCGGGAAAAUAGAUCGAAAUGCUCAAAGCAGGACACAGACAACUGGGGUUAAUGUUUAGUUAAACAGACCGACUACUGAAAAAGUAUUUUGUCUGUUGUGAUUAUUUUUAUACUUUUUGUAUAAUUUUUGUGAUUUUUGAAUUGGAGAGUAGAGCCUCCAGCCUGUGUGACUAUUAAAAAAAAGUUAUACUACAGAA